CGUCAAAACAUAAAGCAAAUACUACUAAUCGAAAUCUCUUUAUUCAAGCAUUCUAUAAUACCUACCUCAAUGCCAAUCUACCAAUUGGAUUUAUCUCCAUCGCCAUGCUCCCACUCUUUCAAUCAUCUAGCCAAGCUACACAACUAGCACCAGAAUUCUAUGACAAAUUAGUUACCGAAAUAAGAGAGAAGAUCUGGAUACCUAGCAAAAUAUUAAUAUCAUCUUAUAACCCAACAAUGAUCAAUCCUCCCUACACCACGCCUACUACUACUUCAAUUACUAGCUACAAACAAAACCCAAUUGGUUAA